AUGUAUCAACCAAGUGUUAGCAAAUGUGUCCGGGAUGUUUCUGCUGCCAUUGUCACUCUUGCAAGAGACUAUAUUAAAUUCCCCUUACCUGGACAAGAAGAAGAGUUCAUGCAGGAAUUUGCCUCUACUGGAAUGCCAGGUGUAAUAGGCUGUGUAGAUGGGACUCACAUUCCAAUCAGGAGCCCUGGAGAGCCAAAUCCUGAACUCUACAGGUGUAGAAAGAAUUUCUUCUCCAUUAAUGUCAUGGCCGUAUGUGAUGCACACAUGAAAUUUACAAACCUUGUCGUAAACUGGCCAGGCAGUGCUCACGACUCCCGCAUUUUCUCAACUUCAAGACUUUGUGACAGUCUGCAGGCCGGUGAUUAUCAAGGCUUUCUCCUUGGUGAUAGUGGAUAUGCAUUGCGUCCAUACAUACUCACUCCAAUCCAUAAUCCAUCUGAAGAAAAGCAGAGGAAAUAUAACAGAUCUCAUAUCAAAACAAGAGCUACAAUUGAAAGGACAUUUGGAGUGUGGAAGAGGCGAUUUGCUGUCUUGCAACAUGUAAGAUCAAAGCUGUGUACUACCCAAAAUAUUAUAAAUGCAUGUGCAGUUCUCCAUAAUAUUGCUUUGAUUUCUGGACUUCCACUGGACAUAGAAGACAUGCAUUUCGAAGACCCUGACGACCCAGAAGAAAUGGUCAGAUAUGGAAAUCAUGAAGGUCAAGCACGGAGGGAGUAUAUAGUGGAGAACAUAAGAACAUAA